AUGGCAAGCAGUGGAAAUGACGACGAUACAAUGGAUGCACGUCAAGCAGCACAAUUUGGGAACGAAGCUCGAUUGAGACAUCUGCUCGACACUGGCAUCUGUACACCAGAUACACUUGAUACUGAUGAUUGCUCUUUGUUGCACUGGGCUGCCAUCAAUAAUCGAUUGGAAGUGGCGAAGUUGUUGAUUGAUCGCGGAUGCAAUGUGAACACAAUUGGUGGUGUUCUGGCAUCAACACCACUCCACUGGGCCGCUCGUCACGGACAUACUCGUAUGGUCGCACUUCUUGUCAGCAACGGUGCUGAUCUGCACAUUCGAGAUGUUGAAGGUUUUACGGCUUUGCACGUUGCGGUUCAGUUUGGCCGAAGUCCCACUGCUGCUUAUCUGAUUGCCACAGGACAGAGCGUCGAUGAAAGAGAUGAAUCGAUGAUGACACCAGCAAUGUGGGCUGCGUACAAGGUGUUCAGUCGUGAUCCGUUACGAAUGCUGAUCACAAUGGGUGCAGAUUUGUCAUGUACAGAUACGACGUAUGCGAACACAGCGUUACACUGGGCAGUUGUACAAGGUAAUCACUCGGCGUUGAGUGUUCUACUGAAAUUCUGCACAGAACUGAAUCCUCGUAAUCGCGAUAAUGAAACACCUCGUGACAUUGCACACCGACGUGGCGAUGCAUUCAGUGUUACAAGGUUGGAGAAGGCCGAGCGUGCAAAAGGUCUUUCUUCAUCAACUCUGUAUCAGUUCAUCACCGAAAAUGAGAAGAUUGGUUCAUGUGUUAUGUUUGCGUUGCCUAUGGUGCUUUUGUUGGCUAUUGGUGUCAUACUACAUUCAAAUCUCCCUUAUCUGCAUAAAGCAAUGUUUUUGUUAGCAUUAGCCAUUAUUGGACGAUGUUUAUAUGGGAUUUUCGCAACUGAACAGAGAUUAUUGAUGACCCCCUUAGGCGCUGCAGUCGCUUCUAAAAUUCUAAUCAUAUUCACAUGGUUAUAUUAUUUGCAUCAGUUUGCACCGUGGCAUCUUCAGAUAUUAUUUCUUAUUCUUUCACAUUUUGUACCAGCUAUUUUUCUCAAAAUCGCCUUCUCCGAUCCCGGUGUAAUUUCCGUGACGCAUAAAGAACGUUGUCAGAUGAUUCGUGAUAUGUGCGAGAAGGAACAGUCGAACUAUCCGUUCUGUGAAACUUGUCUCAUCAAAAAGCCAUCACGAUCUAAGCAUUGCUCUGUUUGUAAUCGUUGUGUUAGGAGAUUUGAUCACCACUGUCCUUGGGUGGCGAACUGUAUCGGUGAGAAGAAUCAUCUAAUAUUCAUCAUUUAUCUCGGUGUUCUUAUCUUGUCUUGUUUUAUUGUGCUUAUUGGAACUCUUAAUUGUAAGUUGCAUUUCGAUUUCUUUUUCACUUUUUUACAGCAUAUGAAUAGAUCGAUAGACAUAAAUUGGAACCACUCAUGUGGAGAGAUCUCACGAAUGAAUAUAAUUUUUUGUAAUCCCUGGGUCACUUACAUUGCUCUGCUCUCUUUGUGUCACUUUGUCCGCACGGGCACCAUGCUAGUUUUUCAGUGCUAUCAGGUGAGUAUUAUCGUAUAUGAAAUGACGACAAAUGAGCGACUGAACGCGCAUAGAUACGCACACUUUCACGACGCCGGUGACAUCAGGAGUCCGUUCUCGUGA